GAAACAUCAUCACCAUUUCUCCGCCGUUUUGAGAUUUGAACAUAACUAAGCUGCAAAACCCUAAACCCCUCUCUCUCUCUCUCUCUCUCUCUCUCUCUCACUAAGAUCAUCGAACCAAACCAUACAUGAAAGCUAGUGUUGCAGAAAAUCACGUCGAAGAAUAGCGUAUGCGUCAAUAUGAGAAAGAAGCUUCUCCUCUCCUCCUUCAGCCAAAUUCACAACUUCACUCUCAAACCCAAUCACUUGUCCUCUGAGGUAUGUGAUUCUGUUGGAUCAUCGAAGUUGCAAUGGCGUGGAUUGUCACGUGCUGCUUGUGUUCCUCAAGAGACUUCAGAUACCCGUCGCAAAAGUAGACAGAAGGUUCCCAAACAUGAACGGAGAGCUAUGGUGGAGUCUUUUGUGAAUAAGUAUAGAUCUGAAAAUGCUGGAAAAUUCCCAACAAUAAAAGGUACCAAGAAAGAAGUUGGUGGUAGUUAUUAUGUUGUUCGGGAAAUCAUUCAGGAACUAGAGUACAAGUCCAAAAUGAAAUCUCAGUCGGCCAAAGAUAGGCCUAUCCAAGAUGACUCUCAGUCGGUACUUUUAGAUGACAAACAGGCCAUUAACACUGGGCUUCUUGAAGAAAAGAGAGGCCUACAGACUUCCUCGUCAGAGGGAAGGUUGUCUAAUGAAGUUGAAACCAUCUCUACACCGGAUAGUCAUUCCAUCACAUCUGAUGUCAAAACUGUUGAAACUGUAUCUAGUUAUCGUUCUGAUUAUGUUGCACCUGCAAGACACCAGCUGAAAGAAGAAAUAGAACAGGUUUCUGCUCCGAUAAUUGAAAAAUCUGGAAGUAGUUGCAGCAAAGAUCAGAUCCAUGAUUCUAAAUCUGUAGAUAUAGUAAAUCAUCCAACAAUUGAGAUAAAAAGUUUUGAGAAAGCAGGAUUUGAAAGAAAAGUGCAAGAUGGUGCAUCAGAUGUUCCUGGUGUGGAUAUUCCUCAGCAGAAAAUGGAGCAACCUCAAGGGUCUUUGAAUUCGGAUGAGUCAAAAAUCUCUAACAAGAGGGAGAGCAGUGUUGCAGUUGCUCCAGACAAAUCAACUUUGUGGGGAAAUCUGAAGUCAUUUGCAGAUGGCAUCUUAAAUAUCUGGAGAAAGUUAUGAAGCUUUGAGAACUUAUAUGCUGCAACUUGCAAGCAGUUCAAAAUUUUUUGGUUUUUUGCAACCUCUGGCUGUACUUGUAUGGUUCGCGAGAUGCACAACUCAUUUCAAGUCAUUACCUGGCAUCCUUCCUGUAAAUUCUAUUAUCUUUCUUGCUAUAUCAUUCAACAUCUAGCCAAGUUUCUUCUGUACUCCAGCUUGCUGCACUUUUUCAAAUGGUACACAUUUGCAAAAGUUUUAUUUCUACUAUUCUAUUGCCCACAUUUAGGGUAAAAUCAAAAGCAAUUUGAUUCCCAAUUGUGUAAACUAGUUUCCCAUUGUAUAUGAUUUGUGAACAAUAGAAAAGGAAAUGCAUGAUGUUACAAUUUAA